AAAUAGACCCCACCCUGCAACACCUGCUGGAGACUAGCCUCCAGCAGCACGCCGUGACACAGCAGCUCGCCGAAAGCCUUCAGGUCACCACACAGACACUGAUUGCCAUGAGGACUGAGACCCCCGCCGCCUCCACGCCUCUCCCCGACGCAACCAGCGAGAUCCGCCGCCUACUACCCCCCCUUGGCCCCGAAGAGGACCUUGAGGCGUACUUCGAGACCUUCGAGAGUAUCACCCGCCGGGAGGGGUGGGACCGUGACGACUGGCCCCGUGCCCUUGGUCCCCUGCUCACGGGAGAGGCCCGAACAGCCUACUAUGCCCUCGAGCCGGAGGAGGCUACGGACUACCUGGCGAUGAAGGAGGGAGUCCUGGCGUGGUGUGGCCGAACCCCUGGCCAGGCAGCUACUGAAUUCCAUCGUUGGGUUUAUCGAUCAGGUACUCGACCACGUUGCCAGAUGAACGCCCUCCUCCGGAUCACCAAACGAUGGCUCCGACCGGAUCGGCAUACCGCCUCGGAGGUGGCGGAGAAGGUGGCGGUCGACCGUUUCCUGAGAGCGCUACCCCGGGCAGAGAGACAGGCCGUGGGGGCCCACGCCCCAACUACGCCCCAGGAACUCCUGACUGCCCUGGAGCGAACCUUGGCCACCCUGGAGCUCGACUCCGGGGAGCAGCAGCACCUCGAUCGGCCCCUCGGUGCCCAGGGCCCCCGGUCUGACCGCCAGACCCGGCCCCGCAUCUGGAGGAACCCACAGAGGGCGCCCACUUGUGAACACCCCCGAGACGAGCCCAUGCCUACAGAGCCGGAGAGGGAAGCCGCCCGGCUGCUUACAAAACCAUGGCUGGCAGGCUGCACCCUCCAUCAGCAGCAACCGCCGGAGGCGCCCUCCGUGACGGUGUGGGUCGAAGGGAGACCGGUAACCGCCCUACUGGACACCGGGAGCACGGUGACCCUUGCCCAACCCUCCAUCCUGCCUGAGGGGCGCCGACCAAGCGGGACGCUUACCGUGACAUGCGUCCAUGGGGACACCCGGGAGGUCCCCUCAGCUGAGGUCCAGAUCCGGAGCGAAGCCGGCACCUGGCCCCUCCAGGUCGGAAUCAUCCCCGAACUCCCCGUGCCCCUCCUCCUGGGACGAGACUGGCCAGGAUUCCGGGUGGUACCGAGAGCCGAGUCCCGGAGACCGCGGCGGCGGGGGAAGGGGAUCCCAACCUGGCCGGCCUACCUGGCCCAGGACGACGGAGAGGCCACCUCAGAAGGUAAGACCCCCCAAACUACUAACCCUCUGUCAUCUGUCUUUCCCCAGUGAUUGAACGGAACGUCUUCGGCUCAUUCUAUUUAUUAAGCUGCAUUUAAAUUAAAGUUUAUUUUUGCACUUUCCGUUUGUUUAAGAAAA